AUGACCAAAUAUGGCAUAUACGAGAAUUCAAGCGGUCACACACGAUAUAGUUCUGUAUACUUAAAAGGGGCCAACGACCAUGUGUUCCUCUUUCAUCGUCCAAUAAAAUAUGACAGUAAUGAUAUUUCCUUUGAAGACGAAUCUAGCCAAAUGACUCAACUGACUAUAUUAUUUGACGAAUGGCCAACAACGAGUUCUGUUAAAAUGGAUGUAUUCUUUUACGAUUACGAUGAUUUUGAUCACACAACAGUUCUUGUAGAUUGGUUUGAAACUCCUCUACAACGUAGUGUGGGGAAAGGAGAAAAACAAGUUGAAAUUGUACGAGGAAAUAGGCAAAUGGAUAAAACCAGGUUGGAAUUCAAAUGGUCUGUUCAUUGUUUUGGAACAAAUGACUGUCUGAAGCCACCUCCAGAAUGGAACAUCUGGCCAUGGGCUGCUGAAUCAAGAACUAAUGGAGAUUCUGGUGCUCAUGGUAGUUCAUACAAUCUGACUAACGUUUCAAAAUCUAUGACAACGGUUAACCCCACUCAGAAGAAAACGACCGUUAAAAUUUUCAACAAGAACAUCAAUAAACAAUGGGUAGAAGCCGAUGAAGAAUUCACUGAAAACGAAAUCAGAUCACCUUUCAGUCCUUUUAAUCCACACACUCAUCAUGGUGAUAUUCUAAACGUACAUGAAAAGUUGUUCGAUGCCCGUGAACAUGCACGGACGAUCGAUGCAGAAGAAAGGUUUGAUGUUGCCCCUGCACGCCAAGCAAACCACACCAGGUUCAAGAAGAUAAACCCCAUCGUUGACUAUCACAAGCCUAUCAAUGCAUACAAGAAAAAUCACAAAGGUUUGAAUGAUAAAGUGAUUGAACGUAUGCCAGCCAUUGAUGACCCUUUUGCCACCGAUGUUCCAGUAGUUCGAGAUGAACUUCUGAAAGAGAUCUAUGAAAGGGUUGCUGUUGAGCUAUCAUUAAAUGAUGUGAAGAAAGAUACAGAAUUUUCACCAGCAGAUCCGUCAACACGACUCCAAACUAUCAUAGCUGAGACUGAAACAAAAACUGGUGCCUUGCCAAUGCCAAGAAAUCCAUACAUAGAUCGUAAUGGUGAACAUAUCAAGCUGCCUAGCGUCGAUCACAGCCAAAAGAAAGAAGCCGAUGAUAACUCUGAAGAUCUUAGAAGGAAUCCAUCAGAUCUGAAAACUUAUUUGGUGAACACGGAUAAAACAUAUAAUCCAAUUGAAAGAACAUCCGUUUCUUCCAAGCUUGAUGUGGAAUCUAUAACUGAUCCUACAAAGGAUGGCGAGUCUUUUAAUACUAAUACAGAACUGCCAAAAAAGAUACAGGUGAAACGCAAACAUCGGACAAAACCUCCCACAGUCAGAAAAUGGGACAAAAAUUACAACUGGAAGGAACACUACAAAGAUUACGUCUUGCCAAAGCAACAUUUAUCUAAAGUUAAGACCCAUACAAUAGUAUGGUCUCAAGGAAAAUCAAAACGUCCAAUAAAGGGAAAGAACAGCGAACCAGUGUCCAGAACUGGUGCUAAGAAAUACCCACAAAGUAGCCUUAACCAACUGAAAGAAGCAAGAAAAAAUUCAUCAAUAGAAAUGGGAUAUUAUAGACAACUUCACACCGAUUUUAUUACAAGACAAAAUCAAAAGCGAAGAAAUGAAAAAGCCAAGGUGAAAUCUAGUAAGCGUAGAACAACACUCGGGUCUAAGAUAAAAAUGCCGGAUGCUCAUGAUUUAUCAACGGAGAAAACGAAGAAAAUUCCUAUUAAUGUUGCCCCCAUAAAUCCCUUCGCAAAGAAACGGAAACCAUACCAAGCAACACUAAAACUGGACAGUGGAUUCACAGACUGGUCUAAAGAUCUCCGAACAAAACUACCACCGGUGAAUCCUUCAGCUAAAGGACCGAUGGCUGUACCACCUCGUCACUACUUUUGGUCUAAAAAUACCAACGUUACUCUACCUAAUCAAGUAAAAUAUGACAUUAUCAAGUCUAAAAAUACCAACGUUGCUGGACCAAAUCAGUUCAAUGACACGAUCAAAACUACCCAUGUUGGUACACCUGAUUACGUUGAGUACAUCAAUUCUAAAUCCAUCAGUGUACCCGAUGACGUUAAAACGGACAUUAUCGUACCUAUUAUUAGCAGUGUUGAUAGACUCGACAACGCCAAAAAUGCUAUUAUAAAGUCGAAAACCACUAACGUUUAUGAUAAGGAUGACACCAAAUCAAAGACCGCAAGUGUUGGUAUAUCAGAUAACGCCAAUGACAUUAUCAAUGUUAAAAAUGACAAUAUCAACUUCAAAAUCAAAUAUAACUUAAUCGAGCGUACAUCCGAUAACGUCAAGGAUCACAUUAAACCUAAAUCUACCAGCGAGGCUUUACCUGGUCACGCCAAGAAGGACAUUAUCAAGCUUAAAAGUAAAAGUGUUACUGUUUCUGAUCACCUCAAAAAGGACACUAUCAAGACAAAAACUUCAGUUGUUGAUGUUCCCGAUCACGUAAAAAAUAACAUUAUCAAAUCUAAAACUACCAAUGUGCGUGUGCCCGAUCAUAUCAAAAGUACAGAUCUCCAUGAAAAUAUAAUCAUUAAAUCCGAACCUACAAAUCUUGUACCGGGUUUCUCCAGAGGUGAUCGCAAAUACCCCCAGACAAGUAAAGUUGGAACCACUACGCAUAAACCUUUCAAAAAUAAAGUCAUUAAUGCUGACUCUGUCGCUGAUAUCUUUGGAAGUGCUAAUGGUAACUAUAAGACCAUUGACGGCUCUAGAACUGUACGCUAUCCUAUUAAUGGUGACGUUAUAAAAACCAAACCGACCGAUGCAUAUAGACCCGAACUUGAAGAAAAUGACUUGAAUUCUAUAACUAAAAAAAGUCCAGUGAGUAUAUCAAACCAGACCACAGCCAAAACUACGAACGGUGUCCCUCAAAAUAAAAAAGUACAGUAUUCUGAGAAUAUCCAACCGUUACAACCACCUAUAAAAUCACGCGACAAGAUUGACAAGAUGGCUAAGAAGAAAAAAUCUUCAGAUGCACCAAAUUCGGUGUCUUCCGAUAGCCAUAAAGUGUCAAAGGUGUUCCAUGAAAACAACAGAUCAUCAUUCUCUGUUGGACCCUUUCUGCCGGAAAUAGACAUGGAUGAAAGAACGAAAACAACGAUACAUUCAUGGUAUGUGAGCGAUAAUAGGCUACUGCCGGAGACAAAACAAUCUUCAAAGAGACCACAUAAUCAUGGAAAUGCGGAAACGCGAAAGAAAACGACUCAUCACAGAGAAUCCGUAGGUACAAAGUUAAGAAAGAAAUCUAAAGAUAUUAUGCAAGUAAAACCAACAAAAGUCGUUGUGGAUUCUACUAAAUACAUCCAAACAAGUUCAAUCAAGGAGGCACUAGAAAAGUUAAAUCCGAAGAAAUCACCUUUUCGUCCUAAAAUAAAACCAACGAAUUCCCAACCAAAGCCUCACCAAACAACACAGGUCAAAACGAUCAAUAAAACGAUAAAGAAGGCAGGAGAAGUGUUUAUAUCCGAAUCAACAACCAUAUCUCAAAAGUCAACACCCAAAGCGACGGUUGACAUAAUUGGACAAGCCACAAUUGCGUCUUUCACAAAAGCAAGUGGAAGAGAUCAUCUGGUUGUUAAUAUACCACUACCACCGCAUAUCAAUGACAAUGGUAAUUCUGGUCCACAAAUACAAGGCUCCCCAACAGCAAUUCGACCUGAGUAUAGCAAAAACCCCAUUUUCAAUGCCAUUCUCACUCCAGUUCCAACGAAAACAACCGGAAUUGUUCAUAUGGAUUCUGAUUUGAAAUCCAAAAUAGCUCCUUCAAAUGGACUUGGUAUAGUUCUAGGUGGAAGUUUGAUUGUGACAUCAGGGGCAAGAACACAAUCCACAACGACGUCAAUUACCAACAGAUUUACCCCGAAAGACAAAGGAAGUCUCUUUGAAACGUUCAAAAGUCUGUCAGAAAUUAUCAAAAAGGCUUCAAGGAAAGGUAUCCUGAAAACAAACGACACUAGUAUCAUAGCAACAAAAGUAGUAAACAAUGUAAAGAAAAGUCCGUUCAGUCCUAACCCAGUCGAAAGAAAACCAAUCGUUACCUACACUAGUUCGAAGGCCCCAACAACAAUAGAAUGGAUUAGAUAUUUGCCAGAACAAAAGAAAACAGGUAAAACGACACAAUCAAGAUUUCCAACAACGCUCAACCCAAUGGCCACUAUUCGCCAUACCCCAGUUGGACCAACAUCUACAUCACAAUCUCCAGUAAUAGUUUUUCCCAUUUCAGACGUAAACAGAACCACGACCGUUAGUCAAAUGAAUAUAUUUGAAUUUUUGCCGAACGCCAUUAAAGAAAUAUAUUUUGGAAAGGCCAAACAACCCCUCCUUGGAAUACACAACAAAAUUCAUACAACUGCUUCAGUCUUCGAAACUGUGCGUUCCAAACCAACCACCGGUGGACCUUUUGCAAGCGAUCCUAAUACACCGGGAAACGCCAUCACUCUGAAUAAUGAUCUCGCCAAUCAGAAUAAACAACCAUAUAGUCCUCUUGUUCCAGAUUCAAAACCAGAAAAUAAAGGAUCCAGUGAUCUUGAUAUUCUUGACAGUCUUAACAAUCCAUAUGAUCAUUUGAAAAAUGAUAAGAACCAAAAACGACAAGACACUUCCAUUCCAGUUGUUCCAACACUUGACAGUAAGAAGGAAACUUUAAAUUACGUCUACCACGAACCAAAUACAAAAUUAAAAGGAACCAAUUUCUUAUUCAACAACAGAAAAUCUGGUCCAAAAAACCCACGAACUACUUCAAAAAUACCAAGACCAAUUAAACCAACCACACGACAUCGGCGACCACAGUUUCCUACUCUUCCGUCUCAUAGAUAUUUUGCAUAUACUAGAUUGGGACCUGCAGAUGCCUUUACCACCACGCCCGCUACAACUAAGCGUAAGCAUAGGUUCAAACUACCUGCUCUUCCGACACAUGGAUAUUUUGCCUUUACCAGAAAAGAUGCGCCAACUACAACUAAACAUCCCAACAAUAAUCCUUUGGGAUCAUUAAUAGAACAUGGGAAAGUAAAACUGGUGUCAAAGCCGGGUACAGAAAAGUCACCGUCAGGUUUUGAAAAGAAAAUAUCCAAACACACAACAAAGACUAGGUUUCCAAAUAGUGCUGCAUCCAAAACGUUCAAUCCUUAUCAUAACUUUAGAAGCAACACGGCAUCACCGAGAUUCCCAACACAAAUUGGUGUAAGAAAGUCUGGUAAUUUUAUUGAUCAUCAAACCGUAACAAAACAUCCUUUGGCAGAGCAAAACGACGGGGAUAUGCUACCUGGUAAACCAGACUUUUCCCGGACCUCUCAGUCCAUACUCACCGAACAGAUGAGUAGGGGACCUCCCCCAAGGACAAUAAAAACAGCAAACACAGUUGUACCACCUGGUGAACCAGAACUUUCUCAGACAUCUCAGUCCAUACUCACCGUACAGAUGAAAAGGGGACAGUCCACAAGGACAACAAAAACAGCAAGCACAGAUAUGCCACCUGGUGAACAAGAUCUUUCUCAGACCUCUCAGUCCAUACUCACCGAAAUGAUGAAUAGGGGACAGUCCACAAAGAGAAGACAAACAGCGAGGGCAGGGAUGACAAAUGGACUUAGAGAACACAUAUAUACAACAAAAUCAGUGAACAAGAUUGGAAAGACUUAUCUGGAGCCUGGUAUAAAGCAGCAAAAGUCACCAAAAGCCACAAAUAGCAUACACGAUACUAGAGACCAAACUGUUGCUACCGAAGCAACUGAAGGUAUCAGAGGGGUCAAAAGCAUUGAGCAUAGUACAGCUUUUCCUGUAACAACCCAGCAUCAAUCACUCCUAACUAAAGAAUCCAUUAACCGAAGUUCCUACCAAACUACGGAUAAAAUGCAUAUCAGCACAAACGCAUCCCACCCUCGAUCUACAUCUUCUGGUAAUGCAGGUGAAGCAUCCUUAGAAACAGAUAAAAAGGUUACAAUAACUUCCAAUAUCUUCAGAUGGAUAUAUGAUCUAUCCAAAUCUUUACCAGAAAUAAAUAAACCCGUUUCAAAAACCAAUAACACGGUAAAUUUAGAAGCACCCAAAAUCAAGGACAAUGGUAUAUCUUCGAAUGUCAUAGACAUUAAAGAUACAAACAUACUCAAUCCCUUUUUUAACAUGUUCUUCAACUUUACCAAUACUAUUACACCAAAGACAAAUCUAACUAUUAAUCGAACGAAACACAUCUCCGCUAGUGGUGAUCCACCACCUGUGGAAGAACUAUCAAAGGGAUCACCAACUGGUCGUGGAUUGCCAUCUCAAACUAAAGAGAUGUGGAACGAGGGUGUGGCUGUGCCGUCUCAUACAGAAAAUGAAGAUAACAGGAGAAAAAUAAAACAACAAAGCGUUCCUCCCAAAAUUCCUAAAUCAGAAAGUCUUGAAAAAGAUCGAAGAAAAACUAAUAAACCAAAACCUACCUUGAAAUCUACAGUUACAGCACAGGAGACAACAACAAGACGCUUAAAGCCGAAGAAAGUACCAAAAACUACUUUGAAACCAUCCAAAUUAUUACCGAAAACACAUGCAACAUCAGAAUCCAAAGGAACAAGUUCAAAAACUUUCAACAACGUUACCUCAAAAUCAUCAAACACACCAAAGGGAAGGUUGGUAAUGACAUCUAAGCCAGCAGCUACGAUUAUAACAAAAGUAAUGAUAACCCAUACAGAUGAACAAUCCACAAAAACAAGAAGCACCACACAAGCUCGAACUGCAACUACAAAAGAACCAACCACUCCGAAGAAGAUACAGCUAACUAUUCCACCAUGGUUGAAGAUCACGACUCAGCUAUGGACUAAAGUAACAGAUAAAAUAACAACAGUCAUUUCCACACAACCGACAACAACAAAAGAGAAAACAACCAUACAACCUGAGAAACCCACGUCCAAGAAACCAAAACAUACCAAAGACAAGAACCCGACAAAGAAACCAACCAUGAAAAUGCCACAGAAGCCGACAACCAAGAAACCAACUACGAAAAAGCCAAAGAAGACGACAACCAAGAAACCCACCACGAAAAAGCCAAAGAAGCCGACAACCAAGAAACCCACAACGAAAAAGCCAAAGAAGCUGACAACCAAGAAACCAACCACUAACAAGCCAAAGAAACCGACAACCAAGAAACCAAAGACAAAAGCAACGAAGAAAGUAAAGUUCACAACAACCAUAUCACCAAAGAAAACGACAAAUUCCACAACAGCAAAGACGAGACAAUCAACGACUAAACGUCUUCCUAGAACGCACAAACCAGUCAAUAUAACCAUCAACAUGGAUCCAAAUUCCAAUGAUGGUCCUCGCAUAAUUGUACCGAAUGGAGGUCUCUUUAUUCCACAACCCCGGGACUACAACUCGAGUAGUUACGGAUAUCCGGGGGGUUCAGCACGGCUACAAGUCCGCAAGAUGAACUUUAAGACAGUGUUUAAUAGAUACUGGCCUGCCAUACUUGGUUUAACUGUAGGAACUGUGUUUUUGGUAGCUGCUGUUUUGACGUCUGUUGCCUGUCGUCAACAAAGGUUAUACAUUAGACGUUCGGGGUGGACGGAUAUGCCACAUCAUGUAUCUGAACCACCAGAUACCAGUGAAUACUCUUCUGCUGCAUCUCUUGUCAGUGACGCAACACGAUCCUCUAUUAGUUUCCCUUGA